GAAGCACUCGCAACAGCACCACAACAACAACACACCCGAUUGUCAUCAUCAAAAUCAUCACGAGCUUCGCUCUGCUGGGUCUCUUCUUCUCACCGGCUUAUUUUACUUCUCUGGUCAACUGUUUUAAAAGCUGACAAGCUAUAUUAAGCCAAGAGUCAUUCGCUUCCAUCAGAGAUCUUCAAUCUGACAAAUCGGGUUCAACUGAUUUCAUCACAGCUCUGCGUCACCUUUGACCCUGACCAGUGUGUGUACAUGUGUGUUUACACUCUCAGGAUUCUGUGCUUGGCUCAAAUUCUGGAUUCAAAAAUAUUUCAUUUACUUAUUUGACAAGAAAUAUAGCCUAGGGCAAUCGUCCACAGUGACAAACACAACUGCUGUGAUAUGGGCAAUGCUUAGAGAUGGAGAAGCAGAUAAGUUGUGGUGAGGAGGAUGGUUCUGGAGAGAGAGGACUUCUCCACACGUGGAUGGGAUACUCCUACAGCACCACACCGGAGAGGAUUCUUCUCUCGCGGCCGGUUCUCCAGGCUGCCCUGGGAGCUAGACAUGGGGUUCUACUAGUUGAGGGGGGACAAGUCUACAGCUUUGGCGAGCUGCCAUGGAAACAGAACCAAACAUCAUCAGUAGUGACUGAGCCUGUUUUGGAGGCGGCUCUUAGUGAACAACGUGUUGUUUUUGUGGCUGCUGGCUCCGCCCACAGUGGAGUCGUGACAGAAGAUGGAGGCAUGCACAUGUGGGGAGAAAACACUCACGGGCAGUGUGGCCUAUCGGGACUCUCUGUUAUCCCUAAUCCCACCCCUGUGGGUGUGCUCGACCCUGAGGCCACGCCCCCUCAGACGGUGAAGAUCCUGGAGGUGGCUUGUGGGGAUCAGCACACCCUGGCUCUUUCAGGAAAGCAUGAGGUCUGGGCUUGGGGAAGCGGGUGCCAGCUGGGCUUGAACACUUCAACGUUUCCCGUCUGGAAGCCCCAGAAGGUAGAGCACCUGGCUGGAAGGCACGUGUUGCAGGUGGCCUGUGGAGCCACUCACAGCCUGGCUGUGGUGUGCUGUCUCCCCCCUCCGCAGGAGCCUCGGAAACUCCCUCAAGACAAGUGCGGUCAGUGUCAUCAGAUGCUGUACACUAUGACAGACAAAGAGGACCAUGUUAUUAUCUCUGAUGGCCAUCACUGUCCGGUAGGUGUUGAGCUGGACAGUGGUGAGACCACAUCUGCAUUUGAGGGCAGCCCAGAUCAGAGUUUAAGGUUUAAGCAAGGCAAGAGCUCACCUACAGAACCUGUUCCAUCCAUGUCAACUCAGAUCCCAAAAUCACCCACUUCUAUAGCUAACCCUGAAUCUACAACACCUACUGAGAGCAAACCUGCCUCUGAACCACAAACUGAGGUUCCUGCAUCUAGCCAAGAACCUGUAGAACCAGCCAUAGAACACUCAGAGGAGCCUGAAGCUCCGCCCACAAAUGGAGAGGUUUGUGUCGAAGCCUCAGAGACCAGCAUUUCUGAGCCGGGCAGCUGUAGAGCCACAGGAGGGAAGUCCUCCCCAUAUCCUGAUGAGCAGGCAGUGAAGGCCUACCUAAAAAGACUUUGUGAUCAUGCCCAGGCAGAGCACACCACCAAGACUCCCAGUACACUUCAUCCGGCUCAGCUCUCCAGUGACUGUGCUGAUUGUUUCACCUCUGACCCCCUGAUCCCAGUCGCCCAGUCUGUGACUCCAAUGGGCUCCGCGUUUAACAACUUGGUGGUAUCCUGUGCCUCUGCAGUGGGGGAACGUGUAGCAUCCACAUACGAAGCUCUUUCUCUGAGAAAGGUGAUUGGUUACUGGGUUCCAGGAGACCGAGUAGAGGAGCGACUGCGUCAGGAGGAGCCCAUGCAGGGGAAGAAAAGCUCCAGCCUGGGGGACAUCCGAGAGGAGGAGGCGGAGCUCAGCCGUCGCCUGUCCCUGCCCGGCCUGCUCUCUCAGGAUAAUGCAGAGUUUGAGCUGGAGGAGUCGUUGGAGUCCAAGGCAAAAACUCAAGUGUCUCCACGUCUUUUGCGGAGAACGAGCCGCCACCGUGCACGGGCCAUCCCGCUCACUCCAGGAGGCAUUCCUGAGGCCGAUGCCCACCUGCCGCCUUUGCAGACAGAAGUGUGGAGCUGGGGACAUGGCCAGGAAGGGCAACUUGGACAUGGAGACCUCCUUCCCAGACCGCAGCCCGUCUGUGUAAAGAGUCUGAAUGGUAAAGAGGUGUUGAGAGUGGCUGCAGGUGCUCAUCACUCUCUCGCCCUGACCGCCCAAUCACAGGUCUUCUCCUGGGGCUGCAACACUUCUGGACAGCUGGGACACAUGGAAACCCCCACCACCCUUCCUCACUUAGCCAAGCUGUCAGAUGGGAUUCGUGUGUGGGAUAUUGGGGCGGGGCAACAACACACACUCUUAUUGGCUGAUGGAGAUUGUAUCCAGCCAAUCCUGUACUACAGUGGCCAGCAGGUGAAGGAAGUGAUGGAGCAGACUGAGGAAGAGGAGCAGACAGGAGAGUACACACAGCAACCGGUGCUUCUGCCCUUUUGUAUGAAUUUGGGCUAUGUAAGCAGUGUGUGCGCAGGAGGACAGAGAUGUGCGGCGCUGACGGAUUGUAAUGUAAUGGGUUUUAUUGCCAGUCUGCAUGAGCUGGCGGCCGCAGUGAGGAAAUAUUACUGCAAACUCAGCAAUAUCAGUAGUCUUCUGCUCCAGCCUCUGCUCAAACUGGAUUCCCUAAGCUCCGCCCUCGGUCUGUCCUCUGGAGGACUUCUGCAGAAUCUGAUUAGACGAUUGGGUCGGCUGUCUCAGCUCACUGGUCAAACCUCGGCCUCUCUAACCUCUUUCCUGCGGCGUUCACGUGAUAUCCGAGGUCUUGUUAUUCUAGAUGAUGCACAUCUGUUCCUGGACACAUAUUCUGAGUACUGUUCUGCAGUUGGUGAUCUCUUAGUCAUGGGAGGAUUUCAAGCCCUUGUCAAACCUUGUCAUGAUGUGUUUGGCAAAGGGGCCGAGGUUGUACAGAAGUUGUCUGAAUGUUCUGAAGAGGGUUUGCCCUUGGCGGAUGUUCUGGCACAUCUCUUUUACCUGCCCAUAAAACACCUGCAUGAAUACGGACGACUGCUGCUCAAACUGGCUACCUGCUACGAGGUGAGUUCUGUGGAUUAUCAGAAACUGCAAGAUGCCAGCUCAAAAUAUGAAUCCAUGGCUCUUCAUCUGAAGAGGAGGAGGAAGGAAGCUGAGUACACGCUCCACUUCUGGAAGAGCUUUCCUGGAAAGAUGACCGACUCUCUUCGUAAACCGUCUCGCCGGCUGAUCUGUGAGAGCAGUAAUAAGGCUUUGACUCUUCAGAACGCAGGACGUUUUUCCGUCAACUGGUUUAUGCUUUUCAACGAUGCGCUGGUUCAUGCACAGGGCAUGGUCCCCUAUAAGAAUCUUUUUUCCACUCAUCACGUCUUCCCAUUGGCUACAUUGUGGGUGGAGCCUAUAUCUGAGGAAAACACCGGGAUAUAUGGUUUGAAAGUGACUUCACCUGAAGAGAGCUUCACUCUGCUGGCCUCGUCCCCAGCUGAAAAGGCGAAGUGGCUGCGUUCUAUAAACCAAGCGGUGGAGCAAGCGCUUAGUGGACUGGGGCAUGAUGGGAUGCCUCCUUCUACAGGGGUGACACAGAGAGCAGAUCCGCCCAUUUCACGAACAGCAACAUACACAUUCUACAAAGACAGUCGGCUCAAGGAGGCCGUUUAUGAGGGCCGAUGGGUCUCAGGGAAACCUAAUGGGCGGGGCGUGGUCAAAUGGCCCGAUGGACGAAUAUACACAGGGACAUUCAAGAACGGCCUUGAAGAUGGUUUUGGAGAUUACGUUGUGCCUAACAAAAACCUGAGCAGCUGUGAUCAUUACCAAGGGCAGUGGAAGGAUGGCAAGAUGCACGGCUUUGGAACAUUCAGAUAUGCCUCUGGUGAAAUAUAUGAGGGUUUUUUCCAAGAUAACAUGCGUCAUGGUCACGGGAUGUUGCGUAGUGGGAAGCUGAAUUCCACCUCUCCCAGUGUCUUCAUUGGACAGUGGCAGAAUGACAAAAAAUCUGGCUAUGGAGUGUUUGAUGACAUCACCAGAGGAGAGAAGUACAUGGGCAUGUGGCUGGAUGAUCAGCGUCAGGGGAACGGAGUUGUUGUUACACAGUUCAGCCUGUACUAUGAAGGUGCUUUCAGCAACAAUAAAAUGAUGGGAAAUGGGUUGUUACUCUCUGAGGAUGACACCACAUUUGAAGGAGAGUUUUCAGAAGACUGGACUCUAAACGGAAAGGGUGUGUUGACCAUGCCGAAUGGAGACUACAUUGAAGGCUCUUUUAGUGGAGUCUGGGGAAGCGGACUGAAGAUGUCAGGAUCCUACUACAAACCCAGCCUCUACGACUCAGACAAGGAGAAGACUCGUGCAGUUAAGCUGGGCAGGUUAGCAGUUCACUCUGAAGAAAAGUGGAAGGCCGUGUUUUUGGAGUGCUGGAACAGGCUAGGGUGUGAUUCUCCCGGACAGGGACAAACCACUACAGCAUGGGACAACAUCGCCGUAGCACUCACUGCUAACAUGAGACAGCAGAGAGACAGUCCAGAGUUACUGAGUCGCUCUCAACACAAAACGCUGGAGAGUCUCGAGUUCAUUCCUCAGCAUGUGGGUCCUGUGACGUUAGAGGUGCAUCACAAAAUCCGCCGCUACCUUGUCAAGGCAUGUGAUACCCCACUGCAUCCUCUGGGUCGGCUGGUGGAGACAUUGGUUUCGGUGUACCGUAUGACGUACGUUGGUGUUGGGGCCAACCGCAGAUUACUGCCCCAGGCUGUCAAUGAGAUCAAGUCCUAUCUCAGCCGCAUCUUCCAGCUUGUCAGAUUCCUCUUUCCUGAUCUGCCAGAGGAAGGAGGUUCACUAGCUGACCCUCCUAAAGAGAAGGGCAGUUCAGACCCUGCUGGGAAGCAGCUGGAGUCUCCUAAACCUGGGUGUGUGGUUAGCAGCUCUGCUCUCCUCCUGCCGGUGCUGUUGCCUCGUCUCUAUCCUCCUCUCUUCACUCUCUAUGCUCUAGAGAAAGAGAAGGAGGAUGAUGUGUACUGGGAGUGUGUGCUCCGACUCAACAAACAACCAGACCUGGCGCUGCUCGCCUUCCUCGGGGUGCAACAGAAAUUCUGGCCUGUGACUGUCACAGUACAUGGAGAAAAACAAGAGGUUCUCUCAAGCACUAAGGACGCCUGUUUUGCCUCAGCAGUUGAGACUUUACAGCAAAUAAGCACAACUUUUACCCCCUCAGACAAGCUUCAGGUCAUCCAACUGACCUUCGAGGAGAUUACCCAGGAAGUACUCGCACUUCUGAAACAGGAUUUCUUGUGGUCUAUGGAUGACCUUUUUCCUGUCUUCCUCUUCGUUGUUUUGCGUGCACGGAUAAGGAAUCUGGGGUCAGAGGUCAGCCUCAUCGAAGACCUAAUGGAUCCAUGUGUACAACACGGAGAGCAUGGCAUCAUGUUCACCACACUCAAGGCAAGCUACUAUCAAAUCCAGCAUGAGAAGAUCACGUAGUGAACGCAUCUCUCCAAACCCAUCUGGUAAGGCAGUGGAAUGACUGAGAAACAGACCAGCCAAUCAGAGUAUUCGCUCGCCAUGAUGUGUGAGGAGCCAAUCACUUGAUCACACGGCCAAGAAGAGCUGUCUUUGGUUUUGCAUUUAUUAACAUGUGUUCUUUUUAUUUUUGUGUCUUCCUCACUCAGAGAAAGCCAUUAUCGAGACGUUUUAACUGCUGGCAUUCCAUCAUGUUCCAGAUAUAUUCUCCAGCUCAGUGUUCUUUUAUUAAAGAGCCCGUGCUUUGUUGGCUCAGAUUGAAUGACGUUCAAGAACAGCAUGUCACGAUCACCUCUCCCUCCAAGCACACACUGACAUAUGAAGUUCAUUAAUGUACUGUAAGCCAUCCGAAAUAAUGGUCAUCUACCUCUGUCUUUGAAGUAAACUACCACGUUCAUUUUCCUGGUCUUAUUACAUCAUUCAGUGCAAACAGCAAACUGCCUUGGACCCAAAUCACGAAUCUGUUCACAUAAAUCAAAAAGAUUAGCGUUUUAGUAAUGAAUGUUCCAAGCGAAAAAAAACAACAAAAAAAAUAAACUUUUAUUGCUUCUUUAUGUAUAAAUCUUUGUUUACAACCUUCUUUGUUCAACCAAAUUGAACUUAGUAUGGAAACGGUUGAUACUAAACUGAGAUAGCGAGUGCUUGUGGGUCAACACACACACACACACACAUAUAUAUUUAUUUUGUUCUUUCUCUAUGCACUAGGCACCGCAGUUUUGUUUUGAUGCACUUCUUUCGGGGAAGUUAAGUAUUUUUACAGUCAGUUUUAUGAAAAUAUUCAAGCUUUUCAGAAAAUAUGUGAAAUGGUUUGAUUUCCUCUGCAUAUCCGAGUAUCCAUCGGCAACAUAUGAGUUUUGUAGUGGAUGUCACUGGCACACAUUUGAACAAGAGGUUGAAGAUCUUGCUCUCUGAUGAGCCACAACACUUUGCAUGCCGAACUAUUUUGGUCAUGAGAUGUAUUUUCUGCAUUGUUAAAUUAAGCUGUUAUAUCAGAAAGGUCACUUGACACAUGCAAGCACUGUAGUACUCAAUGCUAAAAUCAGUGCAGUAUUCUGAAAAGUGCCUCUGACAGUGUUAUGGACUUGUGUCAUUACAUCUCUAUAUCUAGCAAUAGAUUCGAGUUGAGCCUCAUGUUUUAAAGCUCGACAGUUUAAUCUGUUAUUUUCUUUUAUUGACAUUGUUUUAUUUAUUUGAUGGCUAGAUCUGGCUACAGAACAGAUCAUCUGAGCGUUGUAGGGUAUUUCACGUACAGAGCACCAGAAGGACGAUGUGUUUGAAUAAAUGGUCACAAAACCCAUUUCCAAGUAUCAGGGAUGCUUGCGUGUGAUUGUGUGUUACUAAACGUAAUUGUGAAAACUGUAAUGAUGAAGGAAUGUUGAUGUUUACAUCCAUUGACACUUGAGAUGUUGUAUGAAUAUCAUGGUUCAUGUUGUGCUUUGGGUACAAGAAGGUACGGUUUGUUCUUCCACAUCAGUUUUUCUAUACUGAGCCAAGGUGUGCAUAUUAACCUGUGUUUGAAUGUCUGUGUGUGCAAGUAUGUAUGAGGUUUAUGUGUGAUUUUUGAAGAAUAUUCUUUGUGCCAGUCGUUUACUGACUCAUAAUUCAAAUGGAUGACAAUAAAAUGGUUGGGAAUUGAAA